AUGUGUCUCCAAAUACGCCCGUCAAAUGUCGAAGUUGCAGGGAAGAUACCCUUGUCGAAGCAAGGGGGUAGAAGUUUGCAAUCUGACAGCCCAGAUGAAAAAGAUUCUCCACUUAAUAGGAGUCCUGUUCAGGAAUCCUGGGUAUCAGCAAAUGCUAACCAACAUGGAGAAGGUCCAGAGCAAAUAAAGAGCCAUGAGGCUAGGGGAGAUAGUUCUAAACAACUAGGGGAAAGCCCUGGGAAUGUUGGAUGUCCACAGCUAUCACAGAACCAUGAACAGGAAGUGGGUGGUUCUGGUAAAGAGGCAAUGAUAAUAGAAGAAACACAGACAGACAAGGUAGUUCCUGAGGUCUUUGGUCAGAGAACUGUGUGUACCUAUAAUCUGAGAAAGAAGCCAGAUAUUGGGUGGAGAAGAAGAGUACCAUCACAGAGGAAUGUGAUAUCUAUUCCUGAAACCUCCUGCACACCACAUGAAAAAGGGUAUUGGUUGGUUUUUGUGUAUCUGAGCACUGAUAGAAGGGAAAGAAAUCAUCAAUGGGAAUUUCUUGAAGCUAGUAAGGUUAAAUGGGGACAAUGCUGGAUGAUAGCAGGUGACUGGAAUGACAUAAUGCAUGAAGUGGCUCAGAAGGGGUCGUUUUACACUUGGGGUAAUAACAGAGCAAAUGAUGGAUAUGUGGAGGAGAGAUUAGACAAAAUAUUUGUGUCUUAUGAUUGGCUGAACACUUUUCCUAAUAUGGAGGCAUCAAACUACUAUAGAUCAGCCUCAGACCAUAAUAUUCUGUUUAUUGACACUGAUAAAGAGAUUGCCAGGAGACACAAAAGGUUUUCUUUCAGCAGACAAUGGGCAGUUUUAGAAGGAGUGCAAGAUGCUGUACAAGCAGGAUGGACUGUGCAAGUUGAAGGGUCUUAUAUGUUCCAAGUGCACCAGAAAGUGAAAAGUACCAGAAUGGCUCUUCUUGCCUGGCACAAGCCUCAACACAGAAAUAGUGAAAGAAUCAUAUCCGCUACCACUGCAAAAAAUGGCCAAACCACUAGAAUAAAUGAGGUGAAUUGGGUGCCAGGGGUUAGCUGCAGGAAACCUGAACUGCGAGUUGAAGUUGAGGGGAACUUAUUCUGGGUGAAAGACUUGCUAAGUGCGGGAGGAAUGCAGUGGGAUCAUACAUUAGGAGUGGAUUUGGCUGCUCAGAUUGCAGCAGCAAUGAGUGAACAUCAUGUGGUUUGCUUCAUCAAACACUAUGAAUCAACUCAUCACACCGUCCUCAAGCUUUAUACAAUUGAUGGUAUGCAAACAGACAAAAAUUUGCUUCGACCUACAGAGCUAGCUCAAGAAGGCCAUUCUAUAUUCGCAAAACAGAUAACAGACAAAGAGCUCUUCAGUCCAACGCUAAAAAAUGUUCUUAACUCCCUCACUCCAGCACGUGAAAAGCCUACAGCAAUUGCAGCUUCGGAAUCAACGGUCAAAAAACGCAUCAGCUUCGACCCUCAUCAAUCCUCCACCUCAGGAACCAGCAUCCCAUCCACCAACAUUCCUGGAUCAUCCACCCAGCAAACUCAUCAAACCAGUACGAGUGUGUGA